AUGUAUGUCUCGAACAUCUUCGCCACCGCGCUGGCGGCCACCAGCACUGCGCAAGCCUUCAACAUCAAAGAGGAAGCCUACAACGCUGGCCAGGUCUCCAAGCGCACACUUGGAAAUAUAUUUGGUACUCUUUCCGGACUCCUCGGAAUCAACAAGGCAUCAGAGAGCUGCCCUGCCGUCUGGAGCCAGAUCUCCACCCAACUCACCGCACAGUUCCUGGCAGACGGUCAGUGCACAGAUGCCGCUCGCGCCGCCAUCCGUUCCUCUUUCCACGACUGCUUCAACGGCGCUUGCGAUGGGUCUCUGAUCCUCGCCGAUGAAUGCUCCAACGUGGAGAACAGAGGCCUCGAGCGUCUCUGCGGCAACCUCAAGACUGUCCAGGCCAACACCGGUGUCGGCAUGGCCGAUCUCAUCCAGUUUGCCGCUGCCCAUGGCGUCAAGACGUGCCCUGGAGGCCCCACGAUCCCCGUCAAGGUCGGUCGCAAGGACUCCAGCACUGCCAAUGCCAUGGGUGUCCUUCCCUCUGGCUUUGCCAACAGUGGCGAUCUCAUCCAGCUCUUCGCAUCCAAGGGUUUCUCCCCCAUCGACCUCGCCGCCCUGCUCGGCGCCCACACAGCCGCCAAGCAGCGCUUCACCGCGCCGGACAAGCCGCAGGAACUCGACUCGACCGUCGGCGUCUGGGACAACAAGUACUUCUCCGAGACCAAGAGCGGCAAGGCCCCCUUCACGCUCCCCUCCGACAAGAGCGUCGCGCAGAACCCCCUCACCAUGCUGCCCUUCACCACCUUCGCGCUCAGCAAGGGUGCCUGGGACGUCGCCUUUGUUGGCGCAAUGCAGAAGAUGAGCAUGCUCGGCGUCGACCCCCGGGGUCUGAUCGACUGCACCUCAGCCCUCCCCGGCGGCUCCAGGAAGCGCGAUGUCAAGAGCAGCAACCUCUUCGACCGAUUCAGGUUCUGA